AUGAUGAUAAAUUCUCCUUCCAAGAUUAAUUCUACUGCGAAUAAUAGCAUUUGGGGAAACCUUGUCAGCUCCUCCAGCCCUCGUCAUCAACAAGGCCUUUCAUCCCCUCUCUUAAUGCCUCAAGGUCGAAUGGAUGACUCACACCAAUCAUCCAACACUGUUGGUAAUAUCAGGAACACACCUGAGCAGCAUGAUAGAAGUAAUUUGAUUGACAGAAGCCAAAGCAAUGGUACAAUUGGAGACUUGAUUAAAGAUAUUGACCAAGAGGAGGACCCUACCUCCAACUCUGGCCACGAAAUCUUCUACACAGCUCAGAACAAUGGAACUGUUGGUCACCAGUACUCUCCUCAACAAGAGUCUGAAACUGACUUUUUCAUUAGAUCUCCUCUCAAAGGAAGAAAAUCAGGAGCGAGUUUGAACGGAGGUAACAGCAAUCAAGGUACACCAACCAUGGUCAAUCUGGCAAGCAGCCAACAACAACAACACAUGUUAAUGAUGUCACCACCUCAAUCUUCCAAUCUUUUGAACUCACCUAAUUUGAACGCUCACAAUUGGGUCAAUGAAAAGAUUUUCCUUGAAAAUAAGAUUGCUAAAUUAACCAGCGAGCUUUAUCAAUACCAAUGUGAGGUACAAAGGCUUAACAGGAUUCUGGAUGAAUACCGAAGAAAGGAGAACGCAAAGAGUGGUGGUAGUCAUAGUACCUCCACUGUUGGUAACAGUCCAAGCCCAACAGAAAUGAACGGUCUAGUGACUGGUGGUAAUGGCGGUGUGGAAAGACCUCUUUCUCCUUCUUCGACAUGUACAACCUCCUCAUGGUCAGCUGUGGGUACUGGAGGUAGUGCAGUUGGUUUUAAUGAUGGCAUCAAUUCACAACCAUUUAUGGGAUCAAGCUAUGUCGGAGAGAAUGGCUCAUCAAUUUCUCAAUAUUCUCUCAUGACCAAUCCUGCUCAACAAUUGUUGAUUUCUCCAAGAAAAUCACCAACUCCAGCCAACGUCACAAACACUCCAGGAAGAUACAACAGAAGUAAUAGCUUUGGUUCAAAUGGUAGUGACGCUCCAAAUACUAAUCUCAUGCAAACCAAUCGAUUGAGCGUAUUAGCAACACCAAAUAGAGGUAUGAACAAUAAUCCUUCCAACAUGGACACUCUCUUCCCAAGCACUUUGAAUCAAGAUUUGACCAUGUCACCAAAUAGAAUGAUGCCCAUGAAUGGAAUGCCAAUCGGUAUGGAAUCUCCAAUUUCUACAACACCACUAAGCUCUGGAUCAAAUCCAAGAAAGUACAACAAUAACAAUGGUGUUGUUGGUCCUACAUCUCCUUUUACUACUCCAUCCAUUACAAACAAUAAUGGACGAAUGAUGUUCACCACUCCUGUUACUACACCUUCUCCCAAUAAUCUUUAUUUUAACAGUUCAAUUGCUAUCACACCAAAAAGUGCUGCAAGCAGUGUUAGCAGUAGUAGCGCUAGCACCGCAAGCAGUACUCCAACUCUAAGUGACCUCAGCAAUGGAGCAGCGAUGCAACAAGUCAAGUCACAAUCUCCUAAAUUGCCCAACGCCUCUGGAACUUCACAAGUUAUUCAUCGCAACGGUACUGGAAAUGAAAUUGUGUACUUGUUGAGCGGAGGUGGUGUUGGAUCUAUUAAAGUGUAUGACCUUUCCCGUGAAGAGUUUACUCAAGCUCAAGACAAUCAGCAACAGCAUGCAAAGAGAGGAUUUGAUAAGCAUGCAUUGACAGAUUAUUACUUGUCUCUCAAGGGGCAUUCAAGAUUUGUCUCUGCUUUGCAUAGUCAUAAUGGAAAGAUUUGUAGUGGAUCUGGCGACAACUCAAUUCGCACUUGGGAUUUUAAUACUGGAGAAUGCGAACAUGUGUUGGCUGGCUGUGAAGGAAAGGUCGGUGCCUUGUGCAGCUUUUAUGGAACAUUGAUUAGCGGUUCUAAGGAUGGCAAUUCUCAUCGUAUUAGAGCAUGGGACAUUGAAAAGGCUACAUGUGUCAAGUGUAUUCCUGCUCACAAUGAUUGGAUUAAUGUUUUGUGUGCAAGUGAUACUACUCUUUUCAGUGGCUCUGGAGACAAGAAGGUUAAGGUUUGGUCUGGUCCUAAUUUUGAAAACACUCUCACAUUGGAAAAUCAAAGCUUUGUCUUGUCUUUGGUUUAUGAUCCAACCUAUAAUACCUUGGUUGCAGGAACCUAUGAUGGUUAUAUUAGAAUUUGGGAUAUUAGAUCAGGUUCCAAGUUUGUGAAACAGAUCAAAGCUCACACCAAUGGUGUUCUCUCAUUGUGCUAUCACAAAGGAAUGUUGUGCAGUGGUAGCAAGGAUCAAACCAUUUCUAUUUAUGAUCCAAAAACAUGGAACAGAGAGUCACAACUUAUUGGACACACUGAUGCUGUGAAAUGUCUCGUCUCUUAUCAAAAUCAAUGGUUGUGCAGCGGUUCUUAUGACCGAACUGUCAAACUUUGGAAUUUGGAAACUGCUACCAGAGGAAGUUAUUGCACUAUUGCCACUGGUUUCAAGAAUUAUACUCUCACUUGCCACACUGCUUAA